GUGUCGACGACGACGAAGGAAAAUGCAAUCGCAAAAAUUAAUUGCACAGGUCACCCAAUAAUGCACAGAACACCCACACAAAUUAGGGGUUGCGUUCUCGUACCUCGAACGCAAUUACCGUGUUUGUAAGGGGGUAAAGUUUCGAUCUAAAAUUUUUAAGAAAUAAUUAAUGGCGAAAAUUCAAUGAAAAUAAACUCUGCUGUAAUUUGUUGCUGUCCUUAAUGCUUACAUGGAGUUUCGUGAUAUAUUCUCAAACAAUUCAUUGAAUAAAAUACUCAAGUAACGGGUUUUUUGACGGUAAAGCAGCCUAGAAAUUGCUAACUAUAAGGAAGCGCAUAUUAGUAGUGACAAUCAAUGUUCUUUCCUAAUAUUAAGAGAAAAAAAUCAUGAUUUUUUUUUUCAACAGACAGCCUACUCUCAACGGCUCCCCCUACAGAGAAAUGGCUCAAGCAACAAACUUGGCAGAAAAUAAAAGCCUGGAGAAAUUGAACAGCCAGCUUCGGUGCACGGCCGCGUUUUUUGGAGAAGUAAAACAUGGGCUAAUCUUUCUCUUGGUGGUUAAUAUUUCUAUGUCCAUUGCUGCAUUUUUGGGGAACACUCUGAUCCUAGUCGCUCUGAAGAAAGAAUCUUCACUUCACCCGCCUUCCAAACUCCUGUAUCGUAACCUAGCGAUAACUGAUCUCUGUGUCGGUAUGAUUGCAGAGCCUGUUUAUGUUGCCUAUUUUAUUUCCGUUCUAAGCGAUAAAUGGGAUAUUUGCUUUUACGCGAAUUUGUUAAGUUUUUUCACGGCUGUUCUUUUUAGUGCCGUGUCAUUAUUUACAUCGGCUGUAAUAAGCGUGGACAGACUUCUCGCCCUGUUACUGGGGCUGAGAUACAGACAAGUUGUAACUUUGAAAAGAACACUGGUGACCCUAAUUGUUGGCUGGAUUUUGUGCAUUGUGGGUUUAUUAGCCUACCUUUGGGAUCCUAUUGUGACGUCAUGGUGCGUCAGGGUAGCCUUAUCUGUUUGUCUCGUCACCUCAUUUGUCUGUUACGUGAAGAUUUUCUUGAUUCUGCGUCAUAACCAAAUCCAAGUGCUGGACCACUUUCCUCAAAGACAGCAGAACCAACCAGUUUCGCUUAACAUGGCGCGAUACAGAAAGGCAGUGUCUGCUGCAUUGUGGGUGCAGAUGACAUUGGUUGUUUCUUAUCUGCCGAUCCUUAUAACCGAAACUUUGAAAGCUCAUGAUCAGCGAGGGAUGCCACUAUCGCUUUACCUUGCAAGGGAAUCUACCCGUACGUUAGUUCUUCUAAACUCCUCUUUAAACCCGUUGCUGUACUGUUGGAAGAUUAGAGAAGUAAGGCAAGCUGUAAAGGAUACCAUGAGAGAACUUUUAUGUUCAUCGCCAAAUUAG